GCGGGCGGGAGCGGGGCUCGCGGGGCGACUUUCCCAGCUGGAGUGGCCGGUCGGCCGGCCCAGGGUGGACUGGGUCGGCGUCGUGAGGUCCUGCCUGCACCAUGUCCAGCAAAGCGGAGAAGAGGAGGAAACUGAGUGUCCGGGGAAGUGCCAGCCGCGGAGGCGCCCGCAGGAGAGCUGGUCAGGCGGAGCUGGCCUCGCAGCCUGCGGAGAACCCCCUGUCCUCUGACGAGCCUGAGCUGGAGCCUGAGCCCCUCAAAGAGGAGCCUGAGCCACCACUGAAGGAACCCGAAGUAGAGAAGGAAGAAUUACCGGAGCCCGAGGUGGAUGUGAAGCCCCUUUUCCUGUCCCGAGCUGUGCUGACAGGACUAGCGGAUGCCGUCUGGACAGCGGAGCAUGAUGCCAUUCUGGAACACUUUGCCCAGGACCCUUCGGAGCUCAUCCUCACCAUCUUCAUCGACCCCUGUAUGGGGCUGAAGCUAGAUCUGGGCAUGUCUGUACAGGUGGGUACUCUGCUCUCCAGACUCCAAGGCGGUCUGCCAGGGAGCUGAGGGUUUGGUGUACCUCAGUCAUCUUGGAGUCUUACCUCCUGGACCCAAGGUCUGUUGAGCCUCAAGGUGUGUCAGGAACCCCGCUCAGCAGUGGGAUACAGAGAGGAACGAGGUGGGCUUUCGCUUUUGGUGAUCUCAUGGUCUAGUGGGGAAGACAGACAUAUACAGAAUAUUUAUAGUAUGUUAUGAUGCCAUGGCCAGAGCUUUAUAGGAGCUUGAUGGGGGCAACUGCUACAGUCAUGGAAGGCUGGCAGGGCUCGGCAACGCAGGUGCUAUUUCAGGUGGAGAUGAAAGGGAAAUAGGAUUUCAUUGGGUCUGGGUAAGAGCCGUUCUGGUAAAGAACACUUCGUACGCAAAGAAGAGCUUUGGGAAGUGAUCCUGAAAAGGUGGGUGGGGGGCAGCUUGUGGAGGGCCUUGUCGGUUAGGCUGGACAGUUCGGCCUCAGGCCCGGGGGGAGCUAGCGAAGGCCUUCACGGAUGAGGUCGGUGCCUGUUUCAACAAUGUGGAAGAUGCAUUAGUGAAGAGUAAACCACGGGUAGGGAGACCGUGCAAGGACAGGUGGAGUACCACGUUAGUGGUAGCCUC